UGAAGUUAGGAUAUCCAUUAUAUAUAUAGUGCUAUGAAAAUAUAAGCUCAUAUACACACUGUUGGUAGGAACAAAAUGCCAAGCACGAACUGCGUGUUUUUCAAUAUAUUUCUCGUCAUAUCUUGCUGGACAGUGUUCAGCGUCCUCAUUGUUCAUUAUGGUAUAUUGAUGCUGGAUAUCAGCAAUUCAUUCAAGGAGAAUUCUCGACCCGACAAAAAUAAUCUGAAACUAAGAGCCGUCCGACGCCAAGACAAUGGGUAUAGCAUGGUCGGAGGUAAAAUAGACCUACCUACUACAGACCAGAUUGAUCCUAAGACAACAGAUCGAUCUUCUAUGGCAAAUAUAUAUGAAACAGAUUUACAGCAGCACAAGCAGACAGCGAGUUCCAGUUUCAGGUUGGAUCAAAACUUAAGUGCCAUCAAUGUGGCAAGACAGCAGAUCGGUUUUCUUACCCAUAACAAGGUGCACCCGGUUAGAGAGAAGGUUAUUCUGUUUUGGAACGGCUAUCAGAAUUUUUGCAAAGAAAAGUUCGGUCAUCCAUUUCGCUCGUGCCCUAUAAAUGCUUGUUCAAUGUCUACGGAUCGAAGACAGUCAAAAUCCGCUGAUGCCAUCAUAUUUAACAUUGCCGCUCAAGCGUUUAAAAAUGAAUGUCAGGGAGUAGAACCAAAAUGUGAAAUUCCAAAUGUGAAACCUAGCCACCAGGUAUGGGCAUUUUUGGCCAUGGAGCCACCUUGUCACACAAAUAUAUACAGGCAUUCAAAUAAAGAGAUGCUUCUUAAUUCGUUUAACUGGACUUUUACUUACAGAAAGGAUUCAGAUAUAUGGUCACCUUAUGGUAUGGUAAUAAGACGUGACAAACCUUUAAAACGAAACUACUCUGCUAGUGUUAAAUUGAAAACUAAACUUGUGGCUUGGGUUGUGAGUGAUUGUAUCACUUGGAGUAGGAGAGAGGAGUACGUGGCAGAGUUGAUGAAAUAUAUUGAUGUCGAUAUUCUGGGUGAUUGUGGAAGACCGUGUAUAUCGUGUUGGAGUUACGUGAAUGCUACCUACAAAUUCUAUCUGGCCUUUGAAAACAGUUUUGCAGUGGACUACCUGACAGAGAAAUUUUUCAGAGCGUGGCACUUGGAUGUCGUCCUGGUAACGAGAAGCGGUGUCGACUAUUCACGGUUUGGAAUAAGACCAGAAAUGCAUAUUGACACAUCAAAUUUCUCAUCACCUAAAGAGCUAGCAAAAUACCUUCUUUUAUUAGAUAAGAACGACUCCCUGUAUCUUCCGUACUUAGAGUGGAAAAACACCCACGUGUCAACCAGACCAUUGGAAUCCCGCUACAUGAAUUGGUGCGGUUUAUGUGAAAAGGUGCACGAAGAGCCAAAAACGUCAAAAGUUUACACCAAACGCGAGCUUCU